GUCCGUCCUUGUGCCAGCAUGCUGCCCCAUCCUUAUUAUCCCCCGGAUUUACAAAUUGACAACUAUGUGCCAAAUUCACUACCGACCAUGGUGCUACUGGCUUGGGUUAUAGCCACUGUCGUGACAUGGUUAACCACAAUGUAUAUAAUCUCAGGCACUGCAGUGCAUAUGAAGCCAGGGAAAGAUCGUCUUAUUUUCUGCUGGUUCAGUAUAUGUGCCCUUACACACUGCUUUUUCGAAGUGUACUGGGUGUGUUUUAGCAAGACGGUGGCUUCUAGGAAAGACUUUUUAGCGGAAUUGUGGCGAGAAUAUGCCCACUCGGACUCGCGAUACAUGGUCUCUGACCCACUGGUGUUGACCUUGGAAAUCAUGACAGUGACCAUCAUUGGACCAUUAUGCGUUCUGGCUAUGAUUGCUCUGUACAGAAACUCGCCUUCUCGACAUCUCUACCAACUGAUCAUCUCUGUUUUCCACAUCUUUUCCUGUUCAUUGUACUACAUCUUGGACUCAUUCAAAGGGUUCAGCAGCUGUGACCCUAAUCCUAUUUACUUUUGGGUGUAUUUUGUUGGAUUUAAUAGCCCUUGGAUAAUAGUUCCUGCUCUUCUCAUUUAUGACAGUUGCGUCAGUAUUUAUAAAGCUACAUCACGCUAUCGAGUCCGAUGGGAGCGUCCAAUCAAAGACAAAUAGAAUACACGUUACGAUUCAAUCGUGCCUACACACUACACUAAUAUUCCAUGCUAAUCACUAAUCGACACACAUCUCCUUUAAUUAAAUCAUGUAUUUACAAUUGGUAUAGAACGUUAUGAGAAUGUAAACAAGUGGACACAGUGGCGUGUACUGACUAACUUCUUCACGUUA